GCGGAGCCGGGUUGGGCAGCCCGGGAGGCGUCUCCUCCGCAGCCCCCGCCCCCCCGCGCCGGUGCUGAAGCGCCUCGGCCGCUCCCCAGCAGCACCCCCGGGACAGCGGCGUCCCGUCGGCCCCCCAGCAGCAGCCGGGCCUUCUUCCUUGCCGCCCGGCCCGGGCUGUCCCGCCGCUGCUCCGCUGCCGAGGACACCUCAUGGGAAAUAAAUAAAUUAAUUACCCCACUCAGCCCCGCGGCAGGGAGACGAGCCGGCGGCGGCCGCGGGAUUAGAUCCAGCCCGAGCUAGAGACCAGCUACCUGAAAUAGUGAAGAAGUUGAAUCUGUUUUUACUUGUCUGCCAAUAUUCAAUGAAGAACAAUUAAUUUUCUUCUCUCUUGGCCUAAUUGGAGAAGAGACAGAGAUCAAAUAUGCCACCAGCAACAGCAGCACCAGAGUACCCACCUCCAGAUGGAGGUUGGGGAUGGGUUGUGGUCUUUGGCGCUUUUAUCUCCAUUGGAUUUUCCUAUGCAUUCCCGAAAGCCAUCACAGUAUUCUUCAAAGAAAUACAAGAAAUCUUCCACACAUCAUAUAGUGAGAUAGCUUGGAUAUCAUCGAUAAUGUUGGCUGUCAUGUAUGCAGGAGGUCCCAUAAGCAGCAUUUUGGUGAAUAAGUAUGGUAGCCGGCCUGUGAUGAUAGCAGGUGGUAUCCUGUGUUCAUUUGGAAUGAUUGCUUCCUCUUUCUGCAAUAGCGUCCUGGAACUUUAUCUAUGUAUUGGUGUUGUUGGAGGUCUGGGUUUAGCAUUCAACUUACAGCCUGCUUUGACCAUGAUUGGCAAGUAUUUCUAUAAGAAGCGUCCCAUUGCUAAUGGAUUGGCCAUGGCUGGAAGUCCAGUGUUUCUGAGCACAUUGGCACCUCUCAAUCAAUUCCUCUUUAAUGCAUUUGGCUGGAAAGGAAGCUUUCUCAUUCUGGGAGGACUUCUUUUGAACUGUUGUGUAGCUGGGUCUCUUAUGAGACCUGUUGGACCGAAAACAGUCCGUCCUGUGAAAAAAGAUGUUGAAAAAGGCACAGGAGAUUCUACCUUGCACAAAAACAACAAGAAGUCUUUUUGGCAAACUAUGAAUAAAUAUCUAGAUCUGUCCCUCUUCAAACACAGAGGGUUUCUGAUCUAUUUGUCAGGAAAUGUCAUUAUGUUUAUUGGCUUCUUCGCUCCAAUAGUAUUCUUGGCUCCUUAUGCAAAGCACAAGGGAAUUGAUGAAUAUUCUGCUGCUUUUUUGCUAUCUAUCUUAGCCUUUGUAGACAUGUUUGCUAGGCCUUCAAUGGGACUAGUAGCAAACUCCAAGUUUAUCCGGCCAAAGAUUCAGUACUUUUUUAGUUUUGCUGUCUUGUACAAUGGCAUCUGUCAUGUCUUGUGCCCUCUGGCAACAAAUUAUACUGGCUUGGUGAUAUAUGCUGUAUUUUUUGGGUUUGCAUUUGGAAUGGUUAGCAGCGUUCUUUUUGAGACGCUGAUGGACCUCGUUGGGGCUGCCAGAUUUUCCAGUGCGGUUGGACUUGUCACCAUAGUGGAAUGUUGCCCUGUGCUCAUAGGCCCUCCUUUAGGAGGUUGGUUAGUGGAUGUUACUGGUGAAUAUCAGUACAUGUAUUUUGUCUGCGGAGUGAUUGUGAUUGUGGCCAGUAUCUGGUUAUUCAUUGGCAAUACCAUUAACUACAGGCUUUUGGCAAAAGAAAAGAAGUUAGAAGAUGAGAAGCAGAAAGCACAGAAGAAUGCUGACCCAAAGGAAGCGGAACCACUAACAAAUAAUGAGAGCGAUGAUGCUGCCAGGAGAGCUGAUAAAGCUCUUGAAGAUCCUUCAGAGAGAGAAACCAAUAUUUAAUCUGCAAUAUAGCUCAGAAGGCAACAUUUAUGAGUUCCAUUAGAAAUAUGUCUUCAAGACACAGACCAGAUUUUGUAGUAAAAAUGAUCAGUCACAAUAUUGGAUGGGAACAGUCUUUUGCCCCAUUGGCAAGACUCUAAGUUAAAUUACUAUCUACAGUUUAUUUAUUUCAGUGAUACAAAAUUGAGAUUACAGAGGUAGUGACUCCAUCCACGUAAGUCCCUGAGACUAUGACUCUCGACAAUCAGGAGUCAGGUAAACCAGACUAUGUAGUCUUCCAAUAACAAAUGGUUUUGUUUCAGAAGUAUAUAUAAUGCAAAAGUGUCUCCUGCUCUUGUUUGCGAAGAUACUUUGUGUUCAUCUUUUAAGUAUUGUUAAAUUCUGUAGAAAUAAUAUGCCCAAAAUGUACCUACCACUGCUAUUAAAAAGAAUACAAGAUCUGUUUAAAAAGAGACAGAGUACCCGAGUGAAGCACACUGAAACUUUUUUAUAUGCCCACUAGAUCAAAAAGAUACAACAUGUCUGUAUAACCAAUUAUAACAGGGAUGUAAAAGUUAAGUCUGGAAGACAAACAAUUAGUGGGCACCAUCUCUAAAUUACAAUAAACAGCUGAGUUACAAUAUAUUCUAGAAGUUGUUUCCUCCUGUGAUAGCAGACUACAUUGUACUUCAACAUGUACAUUUGAACACAAAGUACAUUCAUACCUCUGUAGUUCAAACUAAGCUAAAAUUUGCCUGUAUAUAGAAGGAUUUAGACCCAAUAUUUACAUUGCUAGCCAAUUUGUUUGAUUAUGUAUUCCUGUAUGGCUGAAGGAUCUGGAUUGGAUUGUGAAGCGUUCUUCCUAAAUGGACUAGAUUCAGAACCUGUUGAUGUUAAAAGGAUACUUAACCUUUGGCUUUUGUGGCCUGAAUCAGUUUCAUGGCACUGACUCCAAGUAGAUGCUUGGGUUCACUGGCAACUCAUUCGUUUCUUGAUAGUUUACUGAGAGAAGAUUAAAAGUCUAACUUUAGGUCUUUGCAGACAAGUAACUUCAUACCACUUCUCACCUCCCUUUCCUAUGUAUUUAGUAAAAAACUACUGUUUUGUAAUGCCAGUUCGACAAAAUGCUGCAAGAGACAUUGAUCGAAAUUUUGAAUUGCUGUAUCAUUCUUGUGCAGGAUAUUUGGUCUUGUGUCCAAAAUUUCUCAUAUCAAUUAAAAUUUAUACAAUUUUUCUUCUUCCUUCAGGCAAAAGAAAAUAUAAGUCUACAAUUUUACAUAAAUCAUUUAGCAUUGCACUUGAAAGCUAAAAGUGCAAGCUUUUGGAAGUAUUAAGUGAAAAUAUUUCUGUUCUAUUUGUAGGUGAGGAAAGGUGCUAUUCCUGUUGGAGAGAUGCGUAAAAAUGCCUCAGAAGUUGUGAAAAUUAAGGGUCUGAUUCAUAAAACAUUUAUGCACUGUUUAUGCAAGAUAUACAUACAUACACUUAAUUCUGGGAAAAGAGUAUAAUUCAUUUUAUCAUUCUUUUAAAUCUCCAAAUGUUGCAAAUACAUUUUAUUGACAGCUAGCUGUGUUAAGCACACUUUGAAGCACCAAUAGCAAAAGAAAAAAAUACUAGUCAAAUCGAGCAGAUUUGGGAGUGCUUUUAAGAAAGACAUUUUUUUAAUAGUAGUGUUCAAUAUUAUUAUUUUCAUGCUUCUAAAAAUUUUGGUAGUGCUGGGUUCUGUUUUGCUGGGUUAUCAUUUUACAUAUUAUGAAGUUCCACAUUAAUGCUGAACUUUUUCAUUAUCUCAGCAAUGUUUUGGGGACAAAGCAUCGCGAAUCUACUCUCAGCAUGGUAUAGAAAGUAAUACCUACUUUUUACCUAUUUAUAUGCAGGAAAAACAAACAUCAUCUACAAGGCCUGUAAUUUUAUAGGCUCAUCAGCAAGGAACUAUGUGCAUUUCAGAGUUUUGGGAGAAAAUAUGGGAUACAUGCUCAGAUUUGAACAGCAAACUGGGUAAAGGAGAAAGACUUAGUCCCAGUAAAAUUACAGUUCCUUUCAUAGGCCCCAGCCUCACAGAAGAAAUAAAUAUCUUGAACCUCCAUAGGAGCCAUAGCCCUGCCAGCACCCCAUGUAAAAGCAUUGCUCUGUUUUUGUCUAUACAAACAUACAGGGUGAAUUCCAGCAUCUGUCAAGGUCCUACAGGCCCAGAGCCAGAAAGUGAUGGGGAGUUUUAUAGACAAUAAGCUUUCAUAUAUUGAGGAAUAUAAGUUAUAAAUACCGGAUUGUGAAAAAUGAACUGGAAUUUUAGUCAAAGAGUAGUCAUCAGGAACAUCACUGCUCUUGACAGCAAGUGGUAGGAAGGCAGAGAUUAUCUGAAAAGAGAUGAAUAUAGAGGCUGAACAAAAAUGUCUGAGGCAAAAUUCUAGGUGCUUAUUAUCUCUUUGCAAAAAAUAGCGUGAUUAAGAAUAAAGGGUAGAGGACAACAGGUGUCAGCUUUUGACUUAAGUCUGUUAAAAGUUGCUGUUAGGUAAAUAAAGGAAUCAAAAAAAAAGAUGAUAAAAAAAAGUAUCUCAGGAAUCAUGCAAGCAACUUACCCAUUCUAAUCAGGAUUGCAGAAUAUGAUGCAAAUGGCAUAGGAAAAAAGGGAAAAACAAGGUUCCUCAAGCCAUAGACAUAUCUGACUACCAGUAACAACCUAUCUCAGAAGAAAUACUGGAUUAUAUAAAUACAACCUUCUGCAGAGAUACCCCUCUUGUCUCUGGUCAACUAUGUUAAAAUUAAUAGGAAUGAAAGAACUGCUUUAUCACCGCUCACCAAUGUACAAUUUUUAAGUCUGUAAAGUAAAAGGAUGUAGCAGGCAAAUGGAGCAAUAUAAAGCAGGAACUGGGUCAAGUGAAGCAUUUUCUUACACUUCUUCCAUUAUUUUUCCUCUUGAUACUAACAGCAAAAUGAAAACCAUCUGAAUACUCUUGGUAUUACUGAAUAUUAAAGAAGUUAAAAUUCAGAGACGACUGAAGAUAAUUGGAACCAUAUCUAUGCAAAAACUGCUGGGAAUUAAAAAACUGUCUUCCAAAUAACAGGUCCUAAUGGGGCAAUUGCCUUGUAUAGGAGUUCUUAUUUCUAAAAGUAGUAAUAAUAAUAAAUUGUCUUGAAUCAACUCUUUAUCAAGCAGCAAAGUAGCAAAAUGGGUAUAACUUGCCUUCAAACUCCUGAAUAUCACCCUUACUUGCACUGAGGUGUAAUUUGUACUGCAAAUUGUUUAAUCAUUACACUUCUGCUUUAGGAUAAUACCUGGGUAUAUACCAUUUCUCUAAAACCUUCUGGUUUCUUUUAAUUACCUCACUGGCAGUCUGGACCACUGCAGGAUUGAGAGAUGCCUUAGCUCUACAAUCAUAGAAUCAUAGAAUGGUUUGAGUUGGAAGCGACCUUAAAGAUCCAAAGUUCCAAAGUUGCAACCUCCCCUGCCAUGGUCAGGGACACCUUCUGCUAGACCAGGUUGCUCAAAGCCCCAUCCAGCCUGGCCUUGAACAUUUCCAGGGAUAGGGCAGCCACAGCUUCUCCGGGCAACCUGUUCCAGUGUCUCACUACCUUCAUAGUGAAGAAUAUUUUCCUAAUAUCUAAUCUAAACCUCCCCUUUGUCAAUUUAAAGCCAUUCCCCCCUUGUCCUAUUACUACACUCCCUUCUAAAAAGCUCCUCUCCAGUUUUCUUGUAGGCCCCCUUUAGGCACUGGAAGCCACUUUAGGGUUUCCUCUGAGCCUUCUCUGCUCCAGGCUGAACAACCUCAGCUCUUUCAGUCUGUCUUCAUAGGAGGUGCUCCAGCCCUCUGAUCAUCUUCAUGGUCCUUCUCUGGACUUGCUCAAGCAGGGCCACAUCCCCAAUGAAGAAACAUACUCUCAAACUUCAAGAGAUACCAUAUACAUCUGUUAUGCCCUAUGGAGUCCGUAGUCUCUGUCAGUGCAAGCAAAUCCUUAAUUGGUCUUAAUCUCAUUUAUACUUGUAUACUUCAUCCUUUACAUUUCUCUGCCACAAUAUCACAGAUCCUAAUUAUCAUCUUGUUCUUAAUUCAAUAAAUCAAGAAAAAGAAAACCAAAAUUUUAAAAUUUGUAGAAAAGGGGAUAACAUCAAUAAUGUUUUCCUAUCUAAUGUCAGGGUUAAAUUUCAAGUAGUUGCAGAAUAUACAUCCAGAUGCUUUUAUGUCUUUGGGUUUUUUUGACAUCAUACUCUCCAGUAGAUGGCAGUUUUUUCUGUCUUGCCUUUUCCAGCUCCAGAGAAAGCCUUCUCACUAAUAAUUCUCUGUACUUUUUCAAGAACAUAUCAAAAUCUCACCCCCAUGCCUCUCUCUCUCUCUCUCUCUUUUCAUUGAACUGUGGCUGCAGCUGUUGCCAGUUCUGUGUAGGAAAAGGGGUAAUGGAUUCAGACUUAAACAGGAAAAGUUCAGGUUGAACAUAAGAAGUUCCUUAUUGUGAGGGUGGUGAGGCACUGGAACAAGUUGCCCAAAGGAGUGGUAAAUGCUCCAGUCCUAGCAGUGUUCAAGGCCAGGCUGGACAGAGCCUUGGGUGACAUGGUCUAGGGUGAGGCGUCCCAAAGCAUGGGGUUAGAACUAGAUGUUAAGGUCCUUUCCAACCUUAACCAUUCUAUGAUUCUAUGAUUUCCAUUAAAUUCACAAAAGCAUCUUUUGAUAUGAAAUCCUGUAGCAUAAGUAGUCAGACUACAAUCCUUUCAUUUCAGGUGUGUGAUUUGUGAGCUGUUUUGACAGAGUAGAUGUUUUUGUUUAAAAAGGUGCUGUCCUUAUGAGGGGAAGUCCAACUUUCCUUGCUCCUGAAGUGAAUUACAGCAAUUUCACUAACAUUAUGAUUCAAAAUUCACAUGAAUUUUAAUGGUCUUUUUGCAUAUCAACAUACAGUGUGCUUAACAAACAUUUAGCCGUGUGUACAUAGUCGUUCCUCCCAGAUAACUCGUAUUCUUCUUGAUGGCUUGCCAAUUCCACCCCACACCCCAUUCUCCAUUUUGAUGCAACAUAAAGAUUUUGGACCUGGAAUGUACUGACUUUUUUUUUUUCUGUUAUUCUCUUUCCUCAAAUGCCUAAGCAACAUUUUUUCUUGCUGCUUUCAGCUCUCAAUGGUUGUGAAUGUUAGUGCAGAGGUAUUUUUCAAAUAUAUAAGCUACAGAUAGUACAUACAGCCAGAUAAUGGGCAGCCAUCAGGGUUUCAUUAAACAAA